UUCCAACUUCAACGCCAAAUCCCAUUAUUGAUACCUCAGAAUGUCGCUCGAAGACCCCGAACAACUUGUCCGCACGUCUGCGAAACGUACUCGAGAGAUUUUCGCCGCAGAUUUUGCUUCCCCGGCCGCCUUGGGGCAUUCCUCAACAUCUGCAUUCUCAAUUCCUCCACCGUCGACUUCCUCGCAAGAUCUCGCUGAUCAAAUUAAUGUGUCAUCGCGUAUACGGAAUGAAUAUGAACAUGUGAGAGAACUUCCGCCCGCGUUGGCGCAGAAGAUGGCCAGCGCAGCGUCUACGGCGGCAGAGAGGCGAAAGAAGAUCAAGAAUGCGAAUGCAGAGGAGCAAGCCUCUGAUCCUAAGAUGCGCAAAAUGAUUGAGGGAGCUUCCGAGAAGGCGGAUCAGGCAAAAUCGGCACAGUCUACAGCCUUGACAUUGAGGGCAGGUGGAAAGGGCGCGGCGCCCAAUGCGACAGGUCCUACUCCUAUGCGAAAUCUCCCAUCCAGCGCCUUGGUGAGGAAAGACACGGUGCGACAGGUGAAACCUGAGUGGCACGCACCGUGGAAAGUGAUGCGUGUGAUAUCUGGUCAUAUGGGUUGGGUCAGGAGUUUGGCGACAGAUCCCGACAAUCAGUGGUUUGCUAGUGGAGCAGCUGAUCGAACAAUCAAGAUUUGGGAUUUGGCAUCAGGAUCCCUUAAAUUAACCCUCACGGGUCACAUUUCCGCUGUCAGAGGCUUGGCUGUCUCUCCGCGGCAUCCGUAUUUGUUCUCGUGCGGAGAGGAUAAGAUGGUGAAGUGCUGGGAUUUGGAGAGGAACAAAGUCAUUCGCCAUUAUCAUGGACAUCUAUCUGGCGUAUACACUUUGGAUAUCCAUCCUACCCUCGACGUUCUUGUGACGGGUGGACGUGAUGGCGUAGCUCGUGUAUGGGAUAUGAGAACACGCACAAACAUCCAUGUCCUUUCGGGUCACAAAGGUACGGUAGCGGAUUUGAAAUGUCAAGAAGCAGAUCCCCAGGUUAUUACAGGCUCAAUGGAUUCUACCAUCAGACUUUGGGAUCUUGCGGCCGGUAAGACCAUGGGCGUCCUCACACACCACAAGAAGAGUGUCCGAACACUCGCCCUCCAUCCCAAGGAAUUCACAUUUGCUUCUGGUUCAUCGCAAUCUAUCAAACAAUGGAAGUGUCCCGAGGGUGCUUUUAUGCAAAACUUCGAGGGACAUAAUGGAAUCAUCAAUACUCUUUCGGUCAAUGAAGACAACGUAAUGUUCUCUGGCGCGGACGAUGGCACAGUUGCCUUCUGGGAUUGGAAGACAGGACAUCGUUUCCAGUCAACGCAGAGCGUAGCGCAACCUGGUUCUCUGGAAGCUGAAGCCGGUCUCAUGUGCUCGACCUUUGACCGUACCGGACUCCGAUUGAUUACAGGCGAAUCGGACAAGAGUAUCAAGAUAUGGAAGCAGGACGAUAAUGCCACUGAAGAGUCGCACCCCCUUGAAUGGAAGCCAACACUUGGACGCCAGAAAUUCUAAACUUCACGAUUGCUCAUUCAGCGGGGGCGGAGGUUGUGACGCUUUCGAAAAGUCUCAUCAUUGGAUGGGUUUUCGGCUGCCAGAGUGAAUAAUUCUCGGUCACUCUAUCUAUUCACAGACAGUGCCCUGCGCAGCUGUGAACGGAUCAAGGGGCUUCGUGCCUUGACAGGACGUGAAGUUGUGCCAGGACAGAACAUCGGAGAAAGGACGAAUCGGCCUGAAGUACGAUCUCUGC